AUGGACAAGCAGCUCUUCGAUUCCUCCUACGUGGACACGUCCUUCUUCGUUGCCAGUGGCACGGCGCAGGGGGAGAGCCGGCCGAGGGCUCGGCGCAGGCGGCGGAGGGCGGCGAGGUGCGGUGACGUCGACGGCGGCGAUCUGGACGGAGGAGGCGACCCCAAGAAGCGCCGGCUCAGCGACGAGCAGGUGGAGAUGCUCGAGGUCAGCUUCCGGGAAGAGCGCAAGCUGGAGACCGGCCGGAAGGUGCACCUGGCCGCCGAGCUCGGGCUCGAUCCCAAGCAGGUCGCCGUCUGGUUCCAGAACCGCCGCGCGCGCCACAAGAGCAAGCUGCUCGAGGAGGAGUUCGCCAAGCUCAAGCACGCCCACGACGCCGCCAUCCUCAACAAAUGCCAUCUCGAGAACGAGGUGCUGAGGCUGAAGGAGAGGCUGGGGGCCACGGAGGAGGAGGUGAGACGUCUCAGAUCCGCGGCUGGGAGCCACGCAGCUUCCGGUGACGGCGGAGACGCCGCUGGCGCCGUUGUCGCGUGCGGCGGCAGCCCGAGCUCGUCCUUCUCGGCGGGCACCUGCCACCAGCAGCACCCAGGUUUCAGCGGGCAGGACGUGAUGGGGCCGGACGAUGACCUGAUGAUGUGCGUCCCGGAGUAUGGUGGAUAUGCCGAUAGCAGCGUCGUCGAGUGGUUUAGCCUGUACGGGCUUAUGUGA